CUUUCGGAGGCCAGGCAGGGGCCGGCCUGAGGCCGAGAGCUCACGGCGUCUGCGCCGACGAGGUCCCGGCUGGAACAUGGCGACUUGCGCCGAGAUCCUGCGGAGCGAGUUCCCGGACAUCGACGGGCAGGUGUUCGACUACGUGACGGGCGUCCUGCACAGCGGCAGCGCCGACUUCGAGUCCGUGGACGACCUGGUGGAAGCCGUGGGGGAGCUGCUGCAGGAGGUGUCCGGGGACAGCAAGGAUGACGCGGGCAUCCGCGCCGUGUGCCAGCGCAUGUACAACACCCUGCGCCUGGCUGAGCCAGCGAGCGCGGGGAACAGCCAGGUGCUCCUGGACGCCCCCAUCCAGCUGUCCAAGAUGACCGAAAGCAGCUACGACUGUGACACCAAACUUCCAGGACUGCUAAAGAGGGAACAGUCCUCGACAGUGAAUGCAAAGAAGCUAGAGAAGGCCGAGGCUCGACUGAAGGCAAAACAGGAGAAACGCUCAGAAAAGGACACUGUGAAGACCAGCAACCCUCUAGUCCUGGAAGAGGCGUCAGCGAGCCAAGCCGGCAGCAGAAAGGAGAACCGGUUGGAAUCAUCUGGCAAGAACAAGUCCUACGAUGUACGGAUCGAGAACUUUGAUGUAUCCUUUGGUGAUCGAGUCCUGCUGGCCGGAGCGGACGUGAACCUGGCUUGGGGCCGCCGCUAUGGGCUGGUAGGACGGAAUGGGCUGGGGAAGACCACGCUGCUGAAGAUGCUGGCCACCCGGAGCCUGCGGGUCCCAGCCCACAUUUCCCUGCUGCAUGUAGAGCAGGAGGUUGCCGGCGACGACACCCCUGCCCUGCAGAGCGUGCUGGAGAGCGACAGCGUGAGAGAGGGCCUGCUUCGGCGGGAGCGGGAGCUCAGCGGCCAGGUGGCCGCCGGCAGGGCAGAGGGCUCCGAAGCUGCACAGCUCGCAGAGAUCUAUGCCAAACUGGAGGAGAUUGAAGCUGACAAGGCACCGGCCAGGGCAUCAGUCAUUCUUGCUGGGCUUGGCUUCACACCAAAAAUGCAGCAGCAGCCUACCAAGGAGUUCUCGGGGGGCUGGAGGAUGAGACUGGCCCUGGCCCGGGCGCUCUUUGCUAGGCCAGAUCUCCUGCUGUUAGAUGAACCUACAAACAUGCUGGACGUCAGGGCUAUUCUGUGGCUGGAGAAUUACCUGCAGACGUGGCCCUCCACCAUCUUAGUCGUCUCUCACGACCGCAACUUCCUGAAUGCCAUCGCCACGGACAUUAUCCACCUCCACAGCCAGCGGCUGGACGGCUACCGCGGCGACUUUGAGACCUUCAUCAAGAGCAAGCAGGAGCGGCUGCUCAACCAGCAGCGGGAGUACGAGGCGCAGCAGCAGUACCGGCAGCACAUCCAGGUCUUCAUUGACCGCUUUCGCUACAACGCCAACAGGGCGUCUCAAGUCCAGAGUAAGCUCAAGAUGCUGGAGAAACUACCUGAGCUGAAGCCCGUGGACAAGGAAUCGGAAGUGGUGAUGAAGUUCCCUGAUGGCUUCGAGAAGUUCUCGCCGCCAAUCCUGCAGCUGGAUGAGGUGGAUUUCUACUAUGAUCCUAAACACAUCAUCUUCAGCCGUCUGUCUGUAUCUGCUGACCUGGAGUCUCGAAUCUGCGUGGUCGGGGAGAACGGGGCUGGGAAGUCUACCAUGCUGAAGCUGCUCAUGGGGGACCUGGCCCCCGUGAGAGGCAUCCGACACGCCCACAGGAACCUGAAGAUUGGCUACUUCAGCCAGCACCACGUGGAGCAGCUCGACCUCAACGUCAGCGCCGUGGAGCUGCUCGCCCGCAAGUUUCCCGGGCGGCCCGAGGAGGAGUACCGCCACCAGCUGGGCCGCUACGGCGUCUCCGGGGAGCUGGCCGUGCGGCCCGUGGCCAGCCUGUCCGGGGGCCAGAAGAGCCGCGUGGCCUUCGCGCAGAUGACCAUGCCGUGCCCCAACUUCUACAUCCUGGACGAGCCCACCAACCACCUGGACAUGGAGACCAUCGAGGCCCUGGGCCGCGCGCUCAACAGCUUCAAGGGCGGCGUGAUCCUCGUGUCCCACGACGAGCGCUUCAUCCGGCUGGUGUGCAGGGAGCUGUGGGUGUGCGAAGGCGGCGGCGUCACCCGGGUGGACGGGGGCUUCGACCAGUACCGCGCCCUGCUCCAGGAGCAGUUCCGCCGGGAGGGCUUCCUCUAGGCCUCGGGGCGGAGCCGGUGCCCAGGACGCGGACCGGCCCGGCAGACCCCGGGCCACGGACCUGCCCUCCUCGGGGACAGCCUUACUCCCCGCCCCUUCCCGUCGACUGGAGCCUGGACGCGGGGCGGGGGCCCGUCCCCGGGCCUGCGAGGACGGGGCCGCGGGGGAAGGGCUGGGCGCCCGCCCUCGGGGGUAUAAACUGCCCCACCGCCCCUUCUCCACCGGGCCCCAUGUGGCUGCUAUGUAAAUUAAAUGUCCCUGCAUCUU